UUCAUUGGUUACUGAACUCUCCCAUGACCACAAAAUUGUAAAUAUGGCGUACGUGUAGAAAAUUGAUCAUUUUAACGAAGUAGACCUCGAGGUAGAGAGUAAGACUACGGGAUAGCAUGUGGAUAUUUGAAGGAAUUUUUAUUGGAUUUGGAAUUUUUUGUAUGAGAUAUUUUGAAAUGAGGUUAUUUCAACAUUAAGGAUCUGUGAACAUUAAGUGGUAGCAAUGUGUUUGUGUAUUGGACCUAUGAAAUCUGGAAAAACUUUACUUUUAAGAAAACUUCGCGGAGAUGAUAUUGACGAUGCUACGUCCGUGGUACAAACUAAUGGUAUCAAUCUUUUUAUGAUACGAAGUAAUGAUAAACAAUUUGAGUUGGAAAUCCGGGAAAUCGGUGGUAGUAUGGCACCUAUCUGGAAACAUCAUCUAGACAGGGUGUAUAAGGUGAUCUACGUAGUUGAUACAAGUAACUUAUGUCAAAUAAGUGCUGCAGGUGUAUUACUUUAUUCAUUAUUGGUCGAACCACAACUGGAACGAGCAAAAUUUGCUUUAAUACUCACAAAAAUGGACUUAUCCUAUCGCCAAAUGAGAAAUGAGGCUCUUCUCAUGCUACAUUUUUCUCGUCUCCAAAGAGAAGUUCGUCAAGAAAUCACGGUUAUCGAGGCCAGUGGAGUUACAGGACUAGGUGUCGAGAAAUUGAGAGAAUGGAUAUUUGAUCCAGUAACCUUGGCGAACGCAAGUCGUCGGUGA